UUUGCGCCAUUAGCGGUCGGAAAUAGUACUGCAAGCAAAUCCAAGUUGAUGACGUGGUUUGGUUCGCCAAGCAGUCGAACAGGAUGGCUGACCAGAGCAGGCAAAUUAAACUCGCUGCGGCUAAGAAAAAGCUGAAGGAGUUUCAGCAGAAGAGCUCCCCUCUAAGUGGAGGAGGAGAAGAAACGGGAGGUGGUGGAGUAGGAGCCAAAAAGAAGAGAAAAGUCAAGGGAGGCAACCAAACCGACGCCCCUUCGUCGGACAGGAGUCCUCCGUACAACUAUGACAAUAUUCUAAACGCUCUCCAUCAGAGCAAUGGAAUAGUCCUGCCUGCCUAUGGCAAAUGUCAGGCCUAUGCAGAGGCUGAAACCAGAGUGUCUCCAGUACCCCACCUACUGGAGGACCCAAAGGGGGAGGCUGGUCAUGGCGUGCCUGUUUCUAACACCUCUAGCACCAUUUCUACUAACUCUGAAUCGGUCAGGCACAAUGAACUGCAGAGCUAUCCUGAUACCAAUGGCAACGGGGUGGAUAAAAGGCCAUUGUCCUCCACAGAAAGCCUACGACAGCUCUCCCAACAGCUGAAUGGUCUUGUGUCUGAGUCCUCCACAGCAUAUGUUAAUGGAGACUCUUCCCCUUCGCCUGUCAGUGAGAAGGAACUGGAGAGUCGUAACCAGGAGCUGAGCGCCGCCCUGGACUCCAGUCAUCUCACAAACUCUGAGCUCAAUACACAGCUAGAUCAGCUGGCCCAGCAAUCUCAGGGUCUCACAGACCAACUACAAAAGGAGAGAAAGGAGUUUGAGCAGAAGUCUUCGAAGGAACAAGGAGCCAUGCGUGAACAACUGCAGGUUCACAUUCAGACCAUUGGUAUCCUGGUAUCAGAAAAAUCGGAGCUGCAGACUGCACUCCAAUACACACAACAUGCUGCGCGACAGAAAGCAGGGGAGGCGGAUGAGCUUAGUCACCGUCUCCAGAGCACCAAGCAGAGGAUGGCUGAGCUGGAGCGAACGCUGUCGUCCGUCUCCACACAGCAGAAACUGUUUGAAAAGCACAACAAGGAUCUUGAGAAGGAGCGAGACAGCCUGAGACAGGAGGUUUACAGACUGAACAGUGUGAGCGACGAGGCGAUGCAGCAGAGCUCAGAGUUAUCGGAGCAGCUGAAGCUGAGCACUCAGGAGAACGGAGCCAUGCGGCUGGAGCUUGAGGAGCUGAGCAAGAGGCUGGAGAUGAGCGACCUCAUGCUGCAACAGUUUUCCAGUCAGUCUGAGCCGUCCACCGCCAACCAACAGGUCCAGAUAUUACUGGAGGAGAAGCAACAUCUGGAGGCCCACACAAACCAGCUGCUGGAGUCCAUCGCCCAGCUGCAGACGGAGAGAGAUCGCUACGCUGAACAGAUCCAGGAAGAAGGCCGUCUCUGGAAGGACAAGACGGAACAACUGCUGACCCAGGUGACGUUAGUAGCGGAGGAAAGGGACCGCAACAUCAAUCUGGUCCAAGAGUUGGAGUCCCAGGUUGCAGAAUUGAGAAACGCUGCUGCGAUGCUGUCCCAGGAGCAGCAGGCGCGGGACCACGCAGUCCCCCAGCUCUCUGGGCCCUCGGAGAGCGAGGUGGCCCUUCAGGAGGCCCUGGACAGACUGCACCAGGAGAAGGAGGCCCUGACUGAACAGUACCAAGCCCAGCUGCGGGACAACGGGCAGCUGAGCCGGCUGUGUGCGGAGCAGGAGUCGCGGCUGGGGGAGCUGGAGCGCCAGCAGGAGGGCCUGAGCCAGGAGACGGAGGACCGCCGGCGCAUGCUGGAGGACGUGCAGUCGGACAAGGCCACCAUCAGCCGCGCCCUCACCCAGAACCGCACCCUCAAGGACCAGCUGGCCGAGCUGCAGAACGGCUUCGUCAAACUGACCAAUGAGAACAUGGAGCUGACCAGCGCCAUCCAAUCAGAGCAGCACGUGAAGAAGGAGGUGGCACGCAAGCUGGGCCAGCUCCAGGAGGACAACCAUACCAUGAAGGAGCAGCUGGCCCUGAAGAGCCAGGAGUCGGUGGCCCUGCUGGAGCAGCGGGACCAGGUGGUGGCCCACCUGCAGCAAUACUGCUCGGGCUACCAGACGCUGGCCUCGGAGCGGGAGCAGCUCCACCUGCAGUACCUGCAGCAGGCCCAGCUCAUGGACCGCCUGCAGCAUGACGAGAACGAGGGCCGCGUGCAGCUGGAGAUCAGCCACCAGCAGCUCCGACACGCCCAGGAUCGUCUAGAUCUGCUGGUGAGGAACAACCAGCAGCUGCAGACUGAGGUGCAGGAGCUCCUGGCAAGUUCUUUGCUCAACUCAUCCCCCAGAGACCAAGGAGACGGAGUGGAGAGUCUAUCAAUGAACGAGAGCCCACAGGAUUCCCCCUCCAUUGUCAUCCCAGAAGACUUUGAGAGCCAGAAGGAAAUGGAGCAGUUCAUCCGGGGCGUGGUGUCCCAGCUGGAGGGGGAGCGGGACGCGGCCCGGGGGCAGCUGGACGAGGAGCGCCGGCUCCACCUGGCCGCCCGCCACCAGGCCUCCGCCGCCCGGGCCCUGGAGCACCAGCGCCACCAGGGUCACCACGACGACGACGGCGGCGGCGAGCAUCACCACAGCCACCUCGACGACCAACACAGCCACGGACACGGCCACAGCCACGAGCCGCACGACCACUGUGACCACGGUGACGACCACACAGGGGGCGCUGCAGUGCCGGCGGAGGUCCAUGAAGCCCUGCGCGGCGCCAUGGACAAGCUGCAGCAGCGCUUCACCUCCCUGAUGCAGGAGAAGGUCGACCUGAGGGAGCGGGUGGAGGAGCUGGAGCACCGCUGCAUCCAGCUGUCUGGGGAGACCGACACCAUAGGGGAGUACAUCGCCCUGUACCAGAGCCAGCGGGCCAUCAUGAAGCAGAAACACCAGGAGAAGGAGCACUACAUCACCAUGCUGGCCCAGGACAAGGAGGAGAUGAAGGCUAAGCUGUCGGAGCUCCAGGACCUGGUGAUGCGGCUGGUGGCGGAGCGCGACGACUGGUGCAGCCGCUACUCCGCCGUGGUGGCGUCCGGCCCCGCCAACCCCGACCUGCUGCCCCUGGGGCAGGGCCACGGCCCCCUGCUGCACGCAGAGUGCGGCGCCGACCACACCCACACAGACGCCAUGGAGGUGAUCCCCCUCACCGACGCCAACCCAGGCCCGGACUCCGACCCCUCCUGCUCCCAGCACCACCACCACCAGCACCACCACCCAGGGGCCGACCCCCAGGCCGCGGGGGGCCCCUCUCCCCAGGAGGACGGCACCACCCGACAGAUCAUGCAGCUGCUGCAGGAGAUCCGCAACCCCCAGGGAGCGUCCCGCGCCCCGCCCUUCCUCGGAGACAGCCCCUGCAUCCCCUUCUUCUACCGGCCCGACGAGCAGGACGAGGUCAAGAUCCUGGUGGUCUAAGACGGGUUAGGGGGGGGGGGAAUGUCUGGAAGGGACCCACCCCUCUUCUUCUCAUCGCUCUUCGUUUGUGCGUGUGUGUUUUGAGUUGUGUUUAGGAGGCAGUUUUUUUAUAUCUCCCGAUGCUUUAAGUGACUUGGUGUGAUUUGAAACUAGUCUACUCCAGCUUUAAAAAACAAAAAAAUAACGACAACUCAAAAGAUGGCGUCUAAACCUUGAUGCGUUGUCGAUAUCCCCUUCACAGGAUCGACUUCCAUCGCCACACCGUUGAAUAUUAGUCUGAGAUGUUUGAGUUGUGUCCCCCCCCCCCUCUCUAAUCACGCAAGUGCAAUAAAAGUGUCUCUUCCUUCCAGAGUCGUGGCUAACCUAGAGCAGGGAAGACUCCGCGGCAGGUUGUGUAUUUGUUCCAUGGAUUCCUGCUCAGGUUGCCCUUUUUACAUUCUGGUCUCUUUCCCCCCCGCCACCCACAUACCAAAACGCAACCGCGUCGAGUUCGAAUGUAUAUCUGCAAUUAACUAUACAUCAUAAACCUGUGUUGUCACGCUAGUGUUAACAUGAGGACGAUGAUGAAGACUUGGGUCCAUGUGAAAGUUGUAGAGUGUGUCAUUUUUGUUAAGUUAAAAAGGCAAGCUGGUCAACAUUAUUGCUUCUUUAAACCUUGUACGGUUUCAGUCAAAGUUAAGAGGAAGUAGAUAAUGUGAACCAGGAAGAAGGGGGUAUUUAGGCCACUACCCUCUUCGUACAGUCAUCUCUCCCAAACACUAACGAUUUUUCAGAGUAAAGGUAUGGAAGUAUUUCAAUUCUAGAAGGAGUUUGUGCUAUUUACUACCCACCAAUUCAUUUCUCUGUAGACGGGAAAAAUUACUAUUGGUCGGCUGGUGGCUAAGUAGAUGGAUUCAUGUUAGUCUCCUGUGCAUUGGAAUAUUAGACCUCGUAAUAACUAAGAAAUGUACAUAACCCUAGACACUCCCCCAGGCUCGAUACAGGUCAUUCAUCAACAGGAAUUUCAGUUACUUCAUGUGAUGGGUCUUCAUGGGCAGGGGGGAUCCACCGUUAUCGCUUCUGUUACGCGUUGCUUGUAUACAUAUCAAAGACGACUUCCUUCAUGACCUCCACGACUGGAAUCGCGCGUGUGAGCGCGCCGUGUUAAUUUGUUUUGCGCGAUGCAUGUUUGUGUCAAAUCCAAAAUAUUUCUUCCCAUUGGCUGAAGUUGAAUCUAUUUUGAAUAUCAUUUUAUUUUUAUUCACACAUUUUUACUUUUCCUCUCCUUCAAAUGAUAUGAAUAUAAUUGCACUAAAAAUUGUACAGAGCUUGUCGUCACGGUAACUGCCCGGGUUCCGGGACGGGUUCCGGGUCGGGUUCCGGGUCGGGUUCUAGACCGUGGUGAGGACAAUUGUUCCGUAGGAGCGUUCCCCAGCCAGUCCGGGGUUCCUAUGGGCCUGAACUCCAUGAGGUCCUGGGUUUAAGAUACUGCACACUCAGGCGGAGGGUUCGACUGGAAUGUUAUGAAAGUCAACUGGACGAUGAGUUGAAGUUGUGUGUGUGUGUGUGUGCACGUGUGUGCGUGCACAGGAAGGAUGUGUGUAAAUAUACAGGCCAGAAUUUGAAUAGUCCUUUUCGACGCAUCUUUAGUUUUUUGUUUUGUCUUUAAAUUCCGGGAAUAUAUCAAUCCAAAUUUAUGAACAAACAAAUUACUUUAUACCAAAACACGAAACCCACGUUUAGGAUUUGUGAUGUCCUUCAGUAUCUGGAAGCCCGACCAUUGGCUGUGCAGGAAACCUUUCAUACAUACUCCACUGACGUGACUCAAGUAAUUGAAUAACGGGCAUUGAGUUUCAUUACAAUGAUUGAUGUCAACAUUUAUUUAUAAUGCCACAAAGGUGUAAAUCUUUGGUUUUGAUUUUAGUUUACGGUUUAAUGUCGACUUUUGGGAGAACCGUGGGAUACUUAUGAACUACUCAGUUUGUUCUAAUUGCGGUGAAAGAAGUCUUCUAUUCCACCUGAAAAACUUUUUUUUGCUGAUUAUUUUCUUUUUCCAUUUCUUUCCAAUUAAUUUGCCGUUUUGUUGAUUUUGGAGAAUUUCAUUUAGAUUUGCCAAUAAUCGCCGCUCAACAAAUAGAAGGUCUAGAUCUUGGCUGGGCUGAGCUGGUAUUUAAAAGCUUGGGAAGGAGGCUGAAAGUGAAAGAUGGUGGAUGUUUGGAAUGUGUUGACGUGAAGCCGCUUUUGUCUGUGCAAGGAAGCAUACACACAAAAGUCUAAACCCUGAACCCUCAGCACUUUGGGCACUGGCACUAUUGUGACAAAGCAUAACAUACUUUAUCAUUCUAGAUUUAUUUUAAGCUUCCUAGCAUUCUCUUUAGCAUGCCCUAGCAUUUUCUUAAAAUAGAUUAUACAUUUGUUUUGUUUUUUCUGGGAGGGUGAUCGGAACAUAAAAAAAAUGCAUAUAACAUUUUAGAGAAUAGGUUAUAUUAUUUUUGGACUAAAAGUCUUUAUAAAAUCUAUUCUUCACAAUUUCUAAAUCACUGUUGAACGUACGAGUGGGAGGGUGGGAACGAGGCAGCGUUUAUCGUCUACUGUAAACGGUGGUGUGUGUGAGUGUAUAUACUGUAUCUGUGUAACAUAUUGUAUAUUAAUUAUGCCUGGUGCGAGCGUGUGUGUUUAGGGUGAGGGGUCGAAUGGAACGGGGGAUUCUGUUGUACACUCUCUAGCUCAGGGGCUAGGGGUGUAGAAUGAGUGUCGAUGUGUUUGGCCUUUUCUGGACAGCCAACUGCUGACCAAGAAGGGCACGCUGGCUUUAAACAAGGGGGGGCUUUAGGGCAGGCUGGCUUUAUUACACGGCCGUAGACCACAAGAGAGCAUAUUCUAUUUAUUUGGAAGAAGUAUGUAAACUAAUGAGUUUUAAUGUACUGUAGGAGAGCUGACCGUUUAGCAAUGGACACAUGAAGAAUCAUUCAAUCAGAAGAACCUGUUCGUGAAAUGCUGAUUCUGAACUGUUGGAUUUUUCUUUUUCUUGAAAAUUUUCUUUCCCUCUCAAAUAAAACUGAGCAAAGUAAA